AGAUUCAAGGAGAGAUGUCGGGAAAUACUGGAAAAAUGUCAUGAAAGAGCAACAUAUGCCACAGGCAAUUGAAGGCCUCCUUGUUGAUAUUUCUGAUUCAACACCAAAAGAGAAAGCCGACUGCCAUGAAAAAGUGAAAAAACCUUUUGUUGAGGUUGACGUUGAGGUUGAGGAAUUUGAACAAAGGCCAAAUGCUUUGGUUUACAAUGCAGUUGCAGCAAAAGAAGAUAAGCAGCCAUUUGUGAAAGAUUUUGAGCCCAGGCCAAAUGCUUUGGUUUACAAUGCAUUUGCAGCAAAAGAAGAUAAGCAGCCAUUUGUGAAAGAUUUUGAGCCAAGGCCAGAUUCUUUGCUUUACAAUGAAUUUGCAGCAAAAGAAGAUAAGCAGCCAUUUGUGAAAGAUUUUGAGCCCAGGCCAAAUGCUUUGGUUUACAAUGACUAAGAGGUUGAAUUAUUGCAAUUCUGGUGGUGUUAUUGUAAAAUAUAAGCUUGCUGGGCUUGUAC